AUGAUGGAAAGAAAAAUUGAAGAGGAAAAUGAAUUUAAAUGGGAUAUUCCUAUUUGGUGGAGUAUUAAUGGAAAAGAUCAACCAAUGCUUUGGUUAAAAGACUCAACAGAAUUGGAAACGAGUGCUGGGGAUUCAAUCGUUUUAAAUUUUCGUUCUGAAGGAUUUUAUAGAGUACAAUAUGACCCUGAUGAAAUACACCAAAUUCGACAACAAUUAUUUGAUAACUAUACGAAAUUUUCAAUGGUUAGCCGUGUACGUAUAAUUAAUGAUGCAUUUACAUUAGCAGAGGGUGGUUAUUUGCCCUAUGAAGAUAUUUUAAAUUUAACUAAAUAUUUGGUAAAUGAAGAGGAAUACCCACCUUGGGAAAUGGCUUUGACUGGCUUUAAUGUAAUACAAAAUUAUUUUGACGAUGAACCUGAAACUGAGGAUUUGCGGGAUUAUAUUAAAUUAUUAAUUGGUGACAUUUUUGAUCGUGAAUUGGAUAAAAUUGGAGAAUGGAAAUUUGAAGAUGAAGAAAAAGAUUUCUUUAAUGAGUAA